CUGGCACCAUCCCCCCGCUGGCUCUUGUCCGAUUCGAGAUAUUUCCGCGUGUUUUCGCGUCUUGAAGAUGCCCCUCUGAUCCCCUCUUUCUUUUUUCUUCAGAUUUUCCGUCAUCCCCUCCUUCCUCUGAGUCCCCCGUGCAUGAGACGUCUGUAACAGGACCUGUAGCACAGGACGAACCGCGCCCGGGCGUGAAAGAUCCGCCAGUUGGAGAUCCGCACCGCGAUGCUUUGGGAAUGGCGCCAGACUCAGGACGAUUGCCACCGCUCGGUCACCCACGACGCCCGCAGCAACCACCGUCUUUAUCGCAACGAUCUCAGCGCCCCCUUCACUCAGAUCUUGCACAAGUCGGCGCCGUUGGCCCCCCUCCACUCUUCGGCCAGCAUGCGUACGCCCCCGCGUCGGGCUCUCACUACAACCAGGGCUCUGGCUUCGCGAACCAAUACACGCUCGCCCAACCCCAGCAGUCUCUGAGCAUGGUCCAUUCGCCCCCUGCACCCUUCUUCCCCGGCUACGCUAUGCCGCCCGACAACGCCAUGAUGCCUCAAAACAUACACGGCAAUUAUCCCAUGAUGCAGCAUCACGGCUCGGUGUACGGGUACCAGCGUCAGUCGCCGCCUGAAGGCUCGCCAGCACCACAUACACCCUACGCCGGCGCAGGCCCAUCCCAGGUGUACUCCCCGCAGGUGAAUCCGUCCCCUCCGCCAUUAUCACCCUCGCACUCCGGCUCGCCCACGUACUCCGGUUCAGGGCAAUUCCAGUCCUUACGUUACUCCACUCUCCCCAACGCUCAGUAUGGCUAUCCAGCUCCGCCGCCAUCGUUCUCCGCCUCCCCACCCUUGUACCAGAGCCCUCCAUUCAACCCGGGAUAUGCGACUUAUGCUCCUUCCGGUGAUUCAGACGGCUCACAAGGAACCUGGUGGUUCAUGCCCCACGCCGCAUCGUCGUACGACUCCGCGCAACCGCCGUAUCAAUAUACGAUGGGCUAUCCACAAUCGCUGCCGCCGCCGGACUCAGACACGCCGCCAUACACGCAACGGCAUACACCAGCGCCCGUUCUCGCCUCGCCCGUCCCUUCGCCACGCUCCGCCGUACCAAUGGCGUCGAGCGCCCGUCCUCCAGUAGUCCCGGGUAGCGUCUCCUCGCCCCUCGCUCUAUCACCACCGUCGUCGCAACAGUCGCCUAGGCCCGAGAGCAACAGCGGCAGCUCCUAUCGCGCCGGUGGUAGCGAGCGAACGCCCGUGCGCCGCCCAUACCACCCGAAUCCGCCCGCUCACCGUUCGGAGUGGGUCAUGUGGGUAGGAAACGUGCCCUCGGACGCGACGCAUGAGGAGCUUUACCGCUUCUUCAACGUGCCCUACGCUCCUGGCGAGAAUACUACCGGCGUCGUCUCCAUCUUCCCCAUCUCGCGCUCGAACUGCGCCUUCGUCAAUUACUCUGGCCAGGGCCCGCUCGAGGAGGCCAUCAAGCGUUUCAACGGCAAGCAACUUCGUCCGAACGAUCCACGGUGUCCGGGCUUCGUCUGUCGUGUGCGCAAAGUGGACGACGACCUCAAGGCGGGUGUCGGCGCGCAGAGGGGGAUGGGCAUACACUCCAAGUGGAUUCGCGACCAGAACAAGAACAAGUUGAAGGCGGGUCCGCCAUCGGUUGCCUCGGCCACGUCCGCCGCCUCGGAGGACGCGCCGCCUACCACUCCAUCCAGCGCCUCCGGCGACGUCGUCGCGGGCAUGUCGAACCUUUCUAUGUCCAGCGACGACCAGUCCGCGACGACUGGUCUCAAGUCGAACAGCUCCGGCUCCUACGCGUCUACAAAUUCCAGUCUUCUUGCGAGUCACUUCCCGAAGCGGUACUUCAUCCUAAAAUCGCUCACGCAGUACGACUUGGAUCUCUCGGUUGAGAAGGGCAUAUGGGCGACGCAGAAGCAUAACGAGGGCAUCCUCGAUCAGGCGUACCGCACGUCGAAGGACGUUUACCUCAUCUUUGGCGUGAACAAGAGCGGCGAGUUUUACGGGUAUGCGAGGAUGGCGGGGCCUGUCAAGGGCGAGCGCAAGGUAUCGUGGGCCAGCCGUGCGGGCGACUUCUCACCGUCGGUAUCGCCCACGACCGGCCGUCAUAAUUCGAUCACGGCUGAGGAGGGCAUCGCUUCUUCGGCCGCUAAGUCCCCAGUCACCAACUUCCUAUCACCAGCGUCGGGCCGCCUGGUCGACAACUCUCCUCUGCCGCUCAGUGGGGACUCAUCGGCGCGGCCUACUGCUAUGCAGCAGCCGCAGCCUGCGAAGAGUGCGCCAGCCGAGUUCGGCGCCCGCCACCAGCUCUCUCUGAGCAUGCACCCGGUCGGGCGGCAUACUCACGAGGACCAGCCGAGUCCCGAGUUCGCGCUCGACGAGACGGCGCCGCUCAAGGCGCAGCGGAACGCUCCGGCGAGUGCUACCACAACUGACGCGUCCGUGCGCGCGUCUGGUGAACGGGAGCAGUCUGAGCCGUCGAAGCCGCCCAUUCCGUCACGUACCGACAGCGGCCGCGAGGAGACAUGGGGCGAGUCGUUUAAGGUGGAAUGGCUUUGCACGAAGCGCCUACCCUUUUUCCGUACGCGCCAUCUCCGCAAUCCCUGGAAUCACGAUCGGGAGGUGAAGGUGUCGCGCGACGGGACGGAGCUCGAGCCAGCCGUUGGGCAGCGCCUGCUCGACGAGUGGGAGAAGUUGGCGAGCGAGCCGAUACCCUCCCCGGCGGCCGAAACCCCUGCGGCUAAGGAUGCACCAUCUCCAGCACCUAAGCGGACAACCCCGGCCGCACGAGAGCCCCGUCGCCGAGACGCCGGGGGUUCAUGAUCAUGAUAUACGACGAUCAUUCAAAAACAUCAUCGCACGACCACUCACAAUCCCGCAUAAACGCAUCGCAUUCAUCACGGCAUCCACAGCAUCUCGGUCUUUCCUCUCGUGAGUUGCUCAACCAAUUGUUGGAUUAGGGACUGGGUCGUCACACGUAUCUCCUAUAGUACCCUUCGCACUGUGCUCCGCGCAGCAUAAUUUGCCAGUACUUACCUACUUACCAUCAUCCUCCCUGCUUCUCUGCAUGGCAUGAUCUUGUCAUUCACGAAACAAGUAAUGUCGACGUCCUCUUCACUGCACGUACCUUCUUUUGGAUAUUGCGAGGUACCCUCCGCUUGUCGCGCUAUUUACUAGUCGCUGUCUGUUGUCCUGAUUACCCAGUAUGUAGCUAUAGCUCUGCUCUCACCGUUUGGCACCAAUACACGCAUUCACGCCGCA